AUGUCCCCCCCCCCCGAGGAGGGUCCAGCCCCGACCCCAGCUGAUGGGGUGGGGGGCGGAUGUUGGCCCCCACCUCACCCCUCUCUCUCCCCCCCCACCCCAAAAACCCCCCUGGCUUUGGCAGGAGAGUGUGGGGAGCUGAGGUCCUGUGAGACGUGCACGGCCACCACCACCUCGCACAACGGCACCGGCUGCGUCUGGGUGGGCUGCGGGACCCCCGAGGAGCCAGAGCCGGGGAGUUGCGUGCGGAGAGGGGUGGCAGCGAGGGAGAGCUGUGUGCUCUACAACACCAGCACCCUGUGUCGAGCAGCGCUGAGGUCCCACACCGAAGAGCCUCCACGGCCCCAUAGCAAGGAGCCAGCGACGCACUCCCCAAAGACCACCACCACCACCAGCGCCCCGUUGACGGGCAGCCCCGAAUUUCACCCGCCCGGCUUCGACACGGCCAGCUUCAUCGGCGGCAUCGUGCUGGUGCUGAGCGUCCAAGCCGUGGUCUUCUUCAUCAUCAAGUUCAUCAAGUCCAAGGACAGCACCUACCAAACACUAGAGGACAACCAGUAGGUGCUGGUGGCCAUGGGGAGGGGGCUGCCCUCUCUGCACCCCCCAGAGCUUCACCCUUCUCUCGCCCCUCCCCGUGGGGUUUGGGGGG